GUGACGCAGGCGCGCACGCGCGGCGUGUGUCGUGUGACCUUCAGCGGCGGCGGUCGGCGGCGGGCCGUGCUCCUUCGUCUACCCUCGUCUCUCCUCAGCGAACCCCGCCUCAGCCCCGCCAUGCCCAGGGGUGGCCGGAGCCGCACGUCCCGCGUGGCGCCCCCCGCCAGUCGGGCACCACCAAUGAGAGCUGCAUCACCGGCGCCUGCUGCUCGGGCACCUGUCCCAGCAGCGACACCACCUUCUGCUGUGGCUGCUCCUGCACCGAAGCAGCCUGGGCUGAUGGCACAGAUGGCUACAACCGCUGCCGGAGUUGCUGUCGGCUCUGCUGUAGGCCAUACUAUAGGUCACGCGCUUACAGGAGGAUUUAGUGGAGGAAGCAGCUCUGAAGCUGCAAGGCCUGAUAUUACUUAUCAGGAGCCCCAGGCAGCUCAGCCUGCCUACCAGCAGCAGCAGCAGUCGCAGUUUGCUCCUUGCCAGUAUGAAAUGAAACAAUUCCUGGAGUGCGCGCAGAACCAGACUGACCUCAAGCUGUGCGAGGGCUUCAGUGAAGUACUGAAGCAGUGCAGGUUUGCUAAUGGUUUAGCCUAAGCCUUCAGAACAAGGUUGCUGAAGACCAUCUUACAGGAACUGACCUAUGAAUGGAAAAAAGCUUCAGUAAUAAAGUCUAAAGCUGUCUGAUACCUUGUUAGUCCAUGUAUUCACACUAUGGUCCUCCUCAUGGCUUGAUUCCUGCUGUAGCCGCUACAGAUGUGAUACAAUUUACAGCCGCAAAUUAACUUAGCACAAAAUGGAAGAAUGAGCAAUAAAGCAGAAUGAACUAAUUUGGGUUAACCGGUUUGCUGAUUGUUGUGUUGAAUGUAAGUGGUACGUGUAUAAAUAAACUUCUCUCUGUAGAAGUAC